AAGCGGGAAAAAGUUAUAAAAUGGAACCAAAAAAACACCGUCAAAUACACUCAAAACAAGCCCGGUGUGCUACAUCUGCUUGGAGAUUACAGGAAGCUUGCGUGCCUACAGAAGCUGCUGAAGGACGGUGGUUACAGACAAGGACAAGAGUCAAUUAUCAUCUGGCUGAAAAGUUGUUUCAACAGUACAGAUGUUGCAGUUUCUAGUGAUAGAAAGCAGAGGUAGCUUCCCAUUGAACAGAAGUCGUACCAGACACGGCAUAACCAGUCAGAUCGAGGCAGACGGCUGCAGUAUGGACACAGGCGAGGGAUGGGAUGUUCUGUUAGUCGUGCUGCUUGUUGUGCUUGUCUGGUACUACAUCCGGGAAACCUGGACCAGCGGGAUCGACGGGAUAUUUCCCCCAGGUCCUCCGUACAUCCCGGUAUUGACGCCGCUAUGGACCCUGUGGGUGUUCCUUCACGAUGGCAUCUGGGCAGCCACGGCCGGGUACGCCGCCAAGUACGGGGACUUCGUGCGGGUCUGGCUCGGCACCGAGCAGACUUUCAUCAUCAGCAGAGCAUCAGCAGCUGCGCAUGUGCUUAAGUCCAGUAAGUACCGGGCGCGGUUCGGCGACCCUUCUGGGCUUGCGCAAAUCGGCAUGAACGGCUCGGGCGUCAUCUUCAACAACGACGUGCAGAGCUGGAAGUUCCUCCGCUUCUUCUUCGUCAAAGCUCUCUACAAGGAAGUUCUUGACAGAGCAGCCGGCGUAUCCGCCAUUGCUACCAGACGACAACUGGCUAACAUCCGGGACAUGGCGUCGAGUAACCCGGAUGGAGCAGUGGAUGUCGUCACACUAAUGCGCAGAAUCACGCUGGAAAUCGGAAACCGGCUAUUUCUGGGUAUCAACAUAGAAAAUGAUCUGGAGGUGGUGAACACAAUCAAUGGAUAUUUCGCUGCCUGGGAGUUCUUCAUGAUACGACCCAAGGUGCUGCAGUUGGUUUAUCCUACCCUGUACAGAAAACACCAGACAGCAGUGAGGGCUUUGCAAGACGUGGUGGGGAAGCUGGUGGACAAGAAGAGGGCCGUCAUGAAUGGAGACGAGGCCGAGGAAGAAUUCAGCAUCCCAAAAGGCGAACACGAUUUCGCAGCUGCACUCAUCCAGGCGCAGGAAUGUGGCCAGGUGUCAGCCUCCUGUGUUCGGCAGUGCGUGACAGAAAUGCUGGUUGCCGGUCCGGACACCAUGUCCGUCAACAUCUACUUCAUCCUCCUGCACAUAGCCGAGCAUGGUCUAGAGAACGGGAUACUUAGGGAAAUCAGGGAAGUCUUGGGGGACCGAGAUCCCACGAGAGAUGAUCUUAGCAAGAUGGUGUUCCUCGAUCACGUGAUCAACGAGAGUAUGCGCGCAAGGCCAGUGGUCACUUUCGUCAUGCGCCAUGCUGAAGAGGAAGACCACGUGGACGGUUACGUCAUACCAAAGGGGACCAACGUGAUCAUCAACUUGGUUGCCGUGCACCAAGACCCUCGUCACUUUCCCGAGCCUGAAACGUUCGAUCCAGAUCACUUCAAAGAAAAGGUACCCUCUACCCAGUUCAUGCCGUUUGGCCUCGGCGUUCGCUCCUGUGUGGGACGAACCAUCGCACCUCUUCAGAUGAAGGCUGUCCUCAUCACGCUACUGCGCAUGUACCAACUGAGCCCGUCACGUGAUCAUCAGAGUCUCGAGGUGAGCCGAAACCUGUCCGAGCAUCCCACUGAGCCUGGUUCCAUGUUCCUGUACCCGAGGUUGGAGACGAUCUGAGGGAAAGUAUCCAGCCAAUCACGUAGCCGUUUGCGGUCAAAAGGCAGCGUUAUCUUUUUCUCCAAUAACAGGCGGGAUCUGGUUGGCUGAUGGCUGACUAGCGUUAGCUAAUGUAGUGAGAUUGACAGAACGUAGACCUGCAUAAAAGAAUGAUAUACUAGUAUACGUACAAGCGGUAGGCCUGGUAUGAGAGUGUGGAAAGUCAUUGGUGAGUGUGUACGAAAACAAAAACAAGGCCAACGUGUAUUUCAACUUUGGACAGCUUCUUUAUUCGAAAACAACAACAACAUGAUGCUAGACCUAAGAAGACAUGGUUACUUUGUAGCAAAAACUUGUGCCUUGAUCACGAUAUUCAACGCGAUGCCAACAAUUGUGCAAACUGAUGAUUGGAUGCUUCUUCUGUCCUAGUAGCGCCAUGCUAUGACGCCGCGAAUCGCCAGGAGGCACUUUGUUAUGAUUCAGCUCAUCAUUGUUGGAUGAUGUUGCCACCGUGGCAUGUGAAAUUAUGAACAAAUCCCAGGCUUCUUUAGAAGGUUAAGGCAGUGAGCCAAACUACCGGCAGAAACAUUUUGGCUGAUCAAGAAGUACGAUUUCGUUGUUUGAAAUCGUAGUUUUGUAAAUCAUCCCAAUGACAAUACACAGUAACGAUAGGUGAGUGAUUCUCCUCUACAUAUAUAGUUCCUAGGCAUGAUUUUUACGAAAUAUGUCUUUUGCAGGUGUUUAUAGGGCACAUAGUAUUUUUGACGUUUAAGUCUAUAACACUGGUCACUUCUGACAGUUGUGCUUACACUAAUAUUUGACAACUAAAACUGGUAACACAAAACAGGCGCAGAACAACUACUCAUAUUAUAGAACUUCUGCUGUCUACCACCCUAUCUACAGCCUAUCUAUUACUAGCAAUAUAUAUAAGCAUUUAUCAUAAUUGAUGUUGUGAGGAUUCUUAACACUGUGUAGUCUUAUUCCUGAUAUAUUGUCCAUUAGUACAUGCUAGAUUUUGGUUCGGUUCUACGGGUAUUGCUGUGUACCAUCUACAUGUAGUAUAGCGUUUAAUUAAACCUCAGUUAGUUUCUCUCACACGAAUAUCAAUACAAUAUCUCAUGCCUUCAUAAUCUAUACAAAUCACUAUAUAACAUAUGUGCACUUCUGGUCAUGUUCAAUAAAAAGCUCAUGCUAUA